UUACCGCUUACCAGGAACUUUUGUCGUCGACUCACGAUGCCCGUCUCAAUGCCCAUUAACACGCUGAAAGGCAGUUGGCAGCGCUUGGUCAAGAACGACCGCCUCAAACGAUCAUCCCAGGUUCUCUCAGUCGUCGAUGGCCAGGUGUGUAUAUUCGGUGGAGAAGUACAGCCUCGUCAACCCGUAGAUGACAAGGUGGACAUUGUUGCACUCAACGCUGGUAAAUCCACCCCUCCAAUCUCGCCAUCAAGGUACUCCAGCAUCGUCACCAUACUACCAUCUCCAGAAUCACUAAACCACGAAACAAAAAGCGUAAGCAACGCACCCAGUCCUCGUGUAGGCACUGCGUCCGCCGUCAUAAACGAUGCACUAUACAUCUUCUCCGGCCGGGGCGGCGUGGACAUGGCGCCCGUAGAAGAAUCCGGCGCCGUCUGGAAAUACACGCCCACCUCACAUUCCUGGGAAAAACUCACUCCCUCCGACUCUUCUGCCGCAUUUCCGCCAGCACGCAGCUACCACACCUCAACCUCCGACGGCAAGUCAAUAUUCUACGUCCACGCCGGCUGUCCCACCUCAGGCCGUCUAGCUGAUCUCUGGGCUUUCAACAGCGAAGAGCGGACAUGGACGCAGCUUCCCGACGCUCCCGCGCCGCAUCGUGGAGGCACGAGUAUUGCGUUUAGCAACGGGAAGUUGUACCGCAUGAACGGCUUCGACGGCAAGACCGAGGUCGGUGGGUGUGUCGAUAUCUUCAACACCGAAACCAAUUCGUGGAGUACGAAGAGCUUCAAGGCUGACGGCAGCGAUGGACCCGAGGCAAGAAGUGUAUGCGCGCUCCUCCCCGUUCAGCUUGGGCGCAAGCAGAAGUUGCUUACGCUGUUUGGCGAGCGGGAUCCGAGUUCUUUGGGACAUGCGGGGGCGGGGAAGAUGUUGGGGGACGUAUGGAUCUACGAUAUCAGUGAGGAGUGGUGGACAAAGCUGGAGCCGAACAGCGGUGAAGAGGGAACGCCUGCGAACAGGGGUUGGUUCGACGCCGACGUGGUCAAGGGAGAGGGACUGGGGAACGAUAGCGUGGUUGUGCAUGGAGGGCUUGGUGAAGACAAUGAGAGGUUAGAUGAUGUGUGGUUGUUGAAGUUUUGA